UUUUUGGUUUUCCUGAUCUCUCUUGAUUUCUUUUCUUCGUUCAAAAUCAUUUAUCUCCACUCUCACGAUCACCAAUAAAGAGAAAAAACAAGCAAAUCUUUCCCGUGAAAUGAACCCCGGGCCGGGGGCGGAGAGUUGAGCCAGCAGUUCUUUUCAUGAACCCUAUUCACUACUACUGUAUCUUAUCAAACAGAAGCCAUCUCUUGAAAGAGAUUCUAAUUUGUAAGUGAUCGACCGACAGAACUCUCCCUUCCGCCUGUCUUCACACUCCGCCACUUGAAAAAAUCCUACCAAGAUAACCAAAGCAACAACCCUUUGUUUUUUUUCAUUUUGGUUUUGUUAAUGAAUCCUGCUUCUGUAGGAGGUGCUGCGACUGACCCGAAUAGCGUCAGCGAGGGUCCAUCAUCUGGUGUAGUUAUAGCUUCAUCGACGACGCCCUCGGCUUCACACCAAAGUGGAUCUGGUGAGUCGUCUUCUUCCCCGCCUCAACCGAGUCGGUAUGAGUCGCAAAAGCGUCGAGACUGGAAUACUUUCUUGCAGUACUUGAAGAACCAUAAGCCUCCGUUAACACUAGCUCGUUGCAGUGGUGCCAACGUUAUUGAGUUCUUGAAAUACCUUGACCAGUUUGGUAAAACUAAGGUUCACAUAACGGGUUGUCCUUAUUUCGGACAUCCAAACCCACCUGCUCCUUGUUCUUGCCCACUCAAGCAAGCCUGGGGUAGCCUCGACGCGCUGAUCGGACGACUUAGAGCUGCUUAUGAAGAAAACGGUGGACGUCCAGAAUCAAACCCUUUUGCCGCAAGGGCUGUGAGGAUUUAUUUGAGGGAAGUGAGAGAAGAACAAGCUAAAGCUAGAGGGAUUCCUUACGAGAAGAAGAAGCGAAAAAGGUCUACUGUCACAACUACCGUUGAUGUCAAUGUGUCGGUGACUGCCGCUCAAGCUUUUGAUGGUGGCACGGGUAGCGGUGUAGGAGGAGAUGAUAGUGCUGGUGGAACUGCGGCUAAUGUUGGUACUACCACCGCUGCUGCUGCUUCCACAACUGAUGUAUAGGUUUUUCCUUUUACUGAUUUUAUUCUUUUCUUCUCCUUCUAAUAGCUGCUUUAUAUUAUGAUUAUGUGGAAUAUAUCUGGCGGUUCUCUAU